AUGGCGGUUUUAGUGUUGACUCGACCAGCCGAUCCGAGUUUAGAACAGCUUCUUGUUCUGCGAUACACUUUAGUUUUACAUCAAUCUAAAUGUUUGUAUUAUAUUUUGCAGGCAGAGAAAAUUGGCCUCGAUUACAUGGAUGUUGAAGCCUUGAAAAAGCUUAACAAGAACAAGAAACUUGUUAAGAAGCUUGCCAAGAAGUACCAUGCCUUUUUGGCAUCAGAAUCUGUCAUCAAGCAGAUCCCUCGUCUGUUGGGACCUGGUCUUAACAAGGCAGGAAAGUUCCCUACCCUUGUUACUCACCAAGAAUCUCUGGAGUCGAAGGUUAAUGAGACCAAGGCAACAGUGAAGUUCCAAUUGAAAAAGGUGCUCUGUAUGGGAGUUGCCGUCGGAAACUGUGCCAUGGAGGAGAAGCAAAUCUUCCAGAAUGUGCAAAUGAGCGUUAAUUUCCUAGUAUCCUUGUUGAAGAAGAACUGGCAAAAUGUGAGGUGCCUCUAUCUGAAGAGUACUAUGGGUCCGUCAAACCGGAUCUUUUAAGAAAUUAUUUUUGCAUGGUAUUUUGGACUUGUGUAGGAAAAGACUAGUGUGAGCUUAAUACCGAAAACGUGUCGAACUCUGGAUAUGCUCAUAUUUUGAAUGUUUAUUUUUGGUGUCUCAACUUGAAUAUUUUAGUAAUUUUAUAAUGGUAGACUUAUAUCAAGUUUUUUUUUUGAGAGA